AUUGUUUCAGUUCAGAGAUUUAUCUCGAUUUGGGUUGGUGGUGGUGGUGAUGAUGGCUCCAAAAUCAACAGAAAGGGCUCUCAACUUCCGAAAACAACAGAGACGGCUCCUGUUUCUAAGUAUUGCACGGACCUGCAAGAAUCUACGGAGUGAUCACAAGGACAGAGAUCCUCAGCGCAUGCCAGCCAACACCUACCUUGAGCAACAAGCUAAUGUACAUGCCCUGGCUGGUUUAAAGAUCGAAAACAGUACAGUGGAGAAAGCUCCCUCACAAUCCAUUUCUGCUGGAGCGGUUUCUGGUGCCCCUCAUUGUGCUGAUACUUCAGAUAUGUUGAAACUCAGAGAGUACAUGCGAAAGCUUGUUUUAAAUACGUUACAGCAAUAUAAACCAUGUCCGGCUGAUGAUGCAUCAAAGGCCAAGUAUAUGACUGUUGCUAGACGCUUAGAACAGAUGCUAUUUAAGAUGGCAAUCUCAAAGGAGGAGUACAUGAACCAGUCUACCCUUGAGUCUAGGAUUGCGAGCUUAAUAAAAGGCAAACAGUUGAAUAAUUACAAUAAGAGGCGUACUAAUUCUUCUUUGGUUGGAAAGAUGGCACCUACGACUACUGGAUUAUCACACGCUGGUGCUAGUGUUGGUUUAGGGCCUUCAGGUAACACUGUUGGUCCCAUGGAUCAUGAUGUUUUGGAACUUCGCGAGUACAUGCGAACCCUUGUCUUCAGCGAGUUACAUAAGCACCAUCCAUGUCCAGCCGAUGAUGCAUCAAAGGCUAAGUAUUUAGAUGUUUCUAGACGCUUAGAGGAGGGUAUCUAUCAAAUGGCAAACACAAAGGAGGAUUACCUAAACCCGUCGACCCUUACUUCUCGCUUGGCUAGCUUAACAAGGGGUAAAAAAUUGAAUAACUACGGUCAGAUUCAGCAAAAUGCUAAUUCCUCUUCGCCUGGAACAAUGACUACACUCGCUCCUGAAGUUUUUGCUGAGACCACGAUGGUUCUUGAGAGCGGAGAUGAGUUGGAGACAGAGAUCGCAGAGAAUCUGAAGUCCAUGAACCUCUACAGCUGA